AAGCGCAUACAGAUCACUAACUUAUUCUUUCAAGCUUAGUUUACAGCAGGCUGUUUUAGGCCGGACUUUGACGGAUGAAGACGGAAUAGUCCAGCAACAGUGCGCCGCAGCCGAGGAGCGAGCUUCGGCGUGCGUCGGAGCUUGUCUCCAGUGGUUGCGCGCCCUUUCCCUCCAGCCGAAGCGAAGCGACGCGUUCGCUUGCCAGCGCGCGCCGAAGCUUUUGGCGCGUGCCAGUGGUUGGGGCAUAUCUCUAUGCGCCUGUGCGCUCGUCGAGCGUCACCUGCCGCCGCGGAGUGCAGAGAAGAGUUGGGAGGCUGCUACUAGCAUCCCUGGGUGGCGCCACCGUCUUCCCAGCCGGUGCGCGCCGCAUUUGUGGCCGGCGGAGCAAAGGCGAGGGUGCCGCGGCUGGUCUCGUUGUGGUGUGCUGUCCUGCGAAGUGCUGGCCCGGUGGCAAAACCAAACAAACGGGGACACAUGUGAACAACAAGGAAUAUGGCAGGUGCGAAAUCGGGCGUUCACGUGCUCCAGCUCAAACCCAUCUGUGUGUCCAAGAGCCUGCAAGAGGGCAACAAAUUCGUCAAGUGGGACGACGACUCCGCGCUGGGCACGCCGGUAACGCUUCGAGUGGACAAGAAUGGAUUCUUCCUUUACUGGACGGAUCAGAACAAGGAGACCGAGUUCCUGGACAUCUCGAGCAUUCGGGACACGCGCACCGGCAAGUACGCCAGGACGCCCAAGGAGGGCAAGCUGCGCGACUCGGUGUCCAUGGGUGCACCGGACGUGCCACUGGAGGAGAAGACGGUGACGGUGCUGUAUGGGCCCGACCUGGUGAACGUGAGUGCCAUCAGCUUCUGUGGCACGAGCCGCGAGGUGGCGCACUUGUGGAGUGACGAGCUGCUGAGCAUGGCAUACAACCUGCUUUCCCUGAACGCACCGGCCGCCACCUUUCUGGAGAAGGCACACACUAAGCUGCUGCUGUGCACCGACCGCGAGGGUCGGCUGCCUGUCAAGAGCGUGCUGCGCAUGUUUGCCCAACACCGGGACGACCGCAAGCGAGUUGAGCGUGCACUCGAAGCUGUUGGACUGGCCGCUGGCAAGAACGACACUCUGGCACCUGAGCGACUCUCCCUCGAUGUCUUCCUGCGAUUCUACCGGCAUCUGGUGGGCCGCCAGGAGGUGGAUGCCAUCUUUGAGCGCCUCUGCGGUGGUUCCAAGAAAAAGGCAAUGACGGUCGACCAGCUAGUGGACUUCCUCAACAAGGAACAGCGAGACCCAAGGCUUAAUGAGAUACUGUACCCUUAUGCUAACCCAGCUCGUGCCAGAGACCUCAUGGCCCAGUACGAGCCAAACAAAAGCUACGUGGCCAAGGGUCUGUUCUCCGUGGACGGCUUUUUGCGUUACCUUAUGGGCGCUGACAACCCGAUCGUGUCACCAGAAAAGUUUGACCUGAGCAUGGACAUGGACCAGCCCCUGAAUCACUACUUCAUCAACUCCUCGCACAACACGUACCUCACUGGACAUCAACUCACUGGCAAGUCGUCGGUCGAGAUGUAUCGCCAGUGUCUGCUGGCAGGCUGCCGCUGUGUGGAGCUCGACUGCUGGACGGGCCGCAACUCAGAUGAGGAGCCCAUUGUGACACAUGGCUACACGGUGGUCACCGAGAUCCUCCUGCGGGAGGUGAUCGAGGCCAUUGCCGAGAGUGCCUUCAAGACCUCUGACUUCCCCGUUGUCCUGUCCUUUGAGAACCACUGCUCACCUAAGCAGCAGGCCAAGAUGGCCACCUACUGCCGCAAGCUGUUUGGUGACAUGCUGGUCACCGAGUCGCUGCCAUCGCACCCUCUGCGUCCGGGGCAGCCCCUGCCUUCGCCCAAGCAGCUGCUGCGCAAGAUUAUCAUCAAGAACAAAAAGAAGCACCAUCAUGCACGACAUCACCCUCAUGCAGGUGGAGCCAAGCCACCUCCGGCUGCCUCUUCAGCUGCGGCUACGGCUAUGGCUGCGGCCACUGCUGCUGCUGCAGCACCCGUCGAAGAGGAGGAUGAUGAUGUCUCGUCCCCACUGGACCUGGCUGCCGUGCCACAAGUUGACACUGGAGAGGUGAAUGGCGAAGCCAAGGGCAUUGGCUCGGAGGCUGAGGAAUGGGAAUCCGACUCUGGCACGGAAGAAGAAGAGGCCCCGGACCGGUCGGCUGAAGAUCAGAAUGAAGGCACCGCUGCAAAGGAGUCCGAGGCUGUUGCGGAGAUGUCUGCGCUCGUAAACUACAUUCAGCCGGUGCGGUUUCACUCCUUCGAGCACGCCGAAAAACGGGACCGGAGUUACGAGAUUUCAUCGUUUGUUGAAACCCAAGCCACAAACUUGCUCAAGGAACACCCUGUAGAAUUUGUCAACUACAACAAGCGGCAGCUGAGUAGAAUAUACCCCAGUGGCACACGCGUCUCCUCCAGUAACUACAUGCCGCAAGUAUUUUGGAAUGCAGGCUGCCAACUUAUAGCUUUAAACUUUCAAUCUCUAGAUCUAGGAAUGCAACUGAACCUGGGAAUUUUCGAGUUCAAUGGACGCAGUGGGUACCUGCUCAAGCCAGACUUCAUGCGGAGGGCUGAUCGCAAAUUCGAUCCCUUUACGGAGUCCACAGUUGAUGGCAUUAUUGCCGGCACCGUCUCCAUCAGGAUCAUCUCUGGACAGUUUCUGACUGACAAGCAUGUGGGCACGUACGUGGAAGUGGACAUGUUCGGCCUUCCAGCUGACACAGUACGGCGGCGCUUCCGUACACGCACAGUGCCAGCGAAUGGCAUCAACCCUGUCUACGAUGAAGAACCUUUUGUCUUCAAGAAAGUAGUUCUCCCAGACUUGGCUGUGCUGCGCAUUUCGGUGUGCGACGACAGCGGGAAGCUGCUGGGGCACCGCAUCCUGCCCGUGGUGGGGCUACGUCCGGGCUACCGACACAUCUCCCUGCGCAACGAGUCGGGGCAGCCGUUGCUGCUGCAGACGCUGUUUGUGCACGUCACCGUCAAGGACUACGUGCCUGAUGGCCUGUCGGAGCUGGCGGACGCCCUGGCUAACCCCAUCAAGUACCAGUCCCGCAUCGAGAAACAUGCCACGCAGCUGCGUGCCCUCACUGAUGACGACCUGGACGAGGGCGCUCCUUCGAGCGAAAGCCGCAGCCCUCUGCAGACAGCUGCCGCCUUGCCAGUGAAGGCAGAGGCCUCCGCAGCUGCCUCUGCUGCGCCACAGCCCCACCAGCAGGUCUCCGCAUCAGCUGCAGCAGCCCCUUCAACGCUGGGUGCGAUUGUGGAGUCUCGAAUCGUCACCACCGUGGAUUCUGUGGAUGGUGGGCUGCCGCCUUCGGCACUCAAUGGUGGCAUCCAGCGCAGCCCCGCUACCAACUUGGCCAGGCAGGACACACUGAACCGCAAGCUGGACCAAACAGUACGAAGCCUGUCAGACGAGGGCAGCCAAGAAAAGACCUUGUCAUUAUUGGAGUCUGCGGAGGCAAACCUGUUGGCCGAACCCCUGGGCAAGCUGCGGGAGCACAAGUCGGUGCUCAAGGUGCAGGCCAAGCUGGAGAAGGAACUGGGCGGCGUGCGCAAGCGCUUCGACAAGCUGCGCGAGAAGGAGCGCGAGGGACAGGUCCAGCGGGCUGACAAGCUGGCCCAAGCUGCCGAAAAGCACCGUGCCCAGCUCUCCAAGUCACACUCCAAGUUCGGAAAGAAGUUGUCAUGUGGGGACGUCAUGGCACUGAAACAGCAGAAUGAAUCACAGAUCCAAACGUUGGAUGCUGAGCACAAAGCGAAGAAAGAGGAACUACAGCAGAGCCACAACUUAGCGAUGAUGAACAUCACCAAGGAGCAGUACCGAGCUGAAAUGGACAUUCAGCAGAAGUACAUGGAAUCGCUGUUCGCUGCCAUGGAAAAAGCGAUGCAAGCCUCUCAAGCUGCACAGAUGCAGAUCCUGCAGAGCCUCCAUGACAGGGAGGUGAGUGAGCUGAUGAAGCGACUAGAAGCACAGACCAAAGAGGAGAUGCGCAACCUCAACAAAAAGCACAAGGACAAGAACGAGUUGGACAGGAUAAAACGAGAGUUGCAGCAGAAGAUGAUUGGUGAGGCUGUGUCGGAGCGGCAACGGAUCAAAAGCCUGCUGGACAAGAAGAAAGCCGAGCUCGAAAGGCAGCACGAGGAAGUGCGCAAAAGCAUGGAGGAAGAAAAGAGCCAGAUUUGCCAGAAGAACCAGCACUACCAAAACUGGCAUGGUGUUGUCUUGAAGCACACCAGUCCACAAGCAAACAAAAAUGGAAAAAAGAAGCAGACAGGACAGUGCUUCAUUCACAACUGAACAUUCUUACUGAACACAAAGACAGUCCUAUAAGUAAUUACUCAUUUUCUUACACACACACAGCAGAACAUAGAAACAACAGGUUAUAUCAUCAGAACCACCUCUGACACAAUCUAACUUACUCCACAAAGAAAAUAAAGGCAAUUGCUAAUUAUGAAGGAAGGCAAACUCCUUCUACUGGUUGCUGAGUAGACCAUAAAUAUGAUCGCUUGGCGCAAACAAGCGAAGAUAGAAGGGAACAAGGGAAGUGCCAACUUUUGACUGCUUAUUUUGUAUUGUAUACCAUCCAAUAUAUACACGCAAGUGAAUUGGAUAGGAAUGGAAGUGACCGGUGUGGGGAUAUUUUCCAAAUUAGUGGUACAUUAUACUGUUCCGUUUAGAGACACAUCUAGAUGUUUUUGAAGACUAUUCCUUACUACUUGCUACUCAGGAACAUCUUUGUAGUGCAAUAGUAUUGUGAUGCUUAGCACAAAGUUGCAGGUUUGAUUCUUAGUGGCCACAUUUUGACUGGUGCAAAAUGCAAAAACAUUUGUGUGCUUGAAUUUAGGUGCAUGUAAAAGAACCGCGAUACCCUGUCAAGGGAACAUGAAUUCAUGAUUGGCAGUCAGCCUCUAGAAUAUUCUGUACAAGUGUAUGUGUAUCUAGGUCAAUUUACUCGCAGGGUACCCUGAUCGUGAAAGAAAAAGAAGAAUGGAUGGAAGUGCAUGCGUAAAGCGCAUUUCGAAAAUCAUGGCUGGCAGUCUACCGCUAUCCUUGAAAAGCAAGUCACUGCAUUCGGCCGGCACUGACAUGUUUGGCAGAAACUUGGAAGUUAACGAAGAAGUUUGAGAAAAAGUUAAGGACUGUGCAACAAGCAGUGGAAAGAACAAUGGUAGGCAUAAUGUUAAGAGACGGGAAGACAUUGAUGUGGAUUAGAGAAUAAAUGAGGGUAGCCGAUAUUUUAGUUGACAUUAAUAGGAAAAAAUGGAGCUGGGCAGGCCAUGUAAUGCAUAGGGCAGAUCACCAGUGGACCAUUAGAAUUACAGAAUGGAUGCCAAGGGAAGGGAAGCAUAGGUGGGCUGAUGAAACUGGUAAAUUUGCAGGCACAACUUGGGAUUAGCGAAUGCAAGCCACAGGUAAUUGGAGACCCCUGGGAGGAGAGGCCUUCGUCCUGCAGUGGACAUAAAAAUAGGCUGAUGAUGAAGAUGAAAAAAACACCAGGUGAUCAAAACUAAUCCAGAUUCCCCUACUAAGAUGUGCUUCAUAAUCAUAUCGUGUUUUUGCCACAUAAACCCAAUAACUUAACUAACCUGCAUAGUGUAGCCUUGUUUGUUUAAGCAAGCACCAAGUAGCCCAACUCUUGCUUAAUGAAGGCUUUGUGGAAAAGUAACUUCAACACAAUUCAAGGCUCUAACCGCUAAAUGAUCACGACUGAAAAGAACACUAUAUACACUGGUGAUGAUGAUUAUGGACGUCAGUAGAGUUCACCACAAGCCUGGAUAUGUUGAAACUGGCUCUGGUCGCAGGAUGCCUGCUAAAUAGACAUUCCUUGAGCACUUGACAGCUCCAGUUCAGGGAAUGCAGCAUGUAAAACAGAUGAGAAUUUACAAAACUCAUUUCUGGCACCACAGAAUGAAUGGCAGUGUAAGUCUGAUGUUGAACCACUAUUAGUGCUUGGUAAAGAGAAGCUUUACUAUUGUGGCACAGCUUAUGAUGUUUGCCAAUGCUUGUGAAUUUUGGGCAGCAAAACUUAUUUUUGUCUUCAAUUGCCCAUCUUUGAAUAGUUGGAGACAGGCAUCCAAUUAACAAGUGGUGUGCAUGCAAGAGCAGUAACAAUUGUUCACCAUUGUUCACUAUCCAAUGCAAGUGUUCUUCUGCAACAUGUAAAUAGUCCAUGUGCAGUUCUCCUUUGCUUAUUCAACUACUCUCUGAUGAGCAUGGAAGUUAAUUACCAAUUAGUAUUAUACUAAUUGCUUGCUGACAUACAUAUACUGAACACAACAAUCAGUACUUUAACUAGAAAGCACAUAUGCAGGUGAUUGGAUUUGCUUUAAAUUUUUGCCUGCUGGAAAAUACUGAAAGGCAGUGAGUGCCAAAUACUGGCCAUCAGAGUUGGAGACGCAUGUUUUUGAAAAUUGACUACCAUCUUAUUUCGCAGUGUACUUUGACUGAUCGCUAUAAACAAUGGUAGAACAAAAUAUGUCACUGGACCCAACAAGGCAACUUGUAUCCAACUGUUGUGAUAAUCAAACAACACUUGUUACAUACACUGAGCCAGAAAUAAUGUCAUGGCACAAUCAAGAAUUCAUAGCAUGAAACCAUCAUUUUUAGUGGGACUGACAGUCAUUAUAUUGCAACUUUGGAUGAGAUUACGCUCCUGCCUCGCCGUAGUGAUGACCGCUGAUGAAAGCAUGGCGUUGGCGAAUCACGAGCAUGCAAGUGAACAUUCGGAAGGGGAAAUGCUUGCUCCCAGUCUCGCCCCAGGUUAAUUCGUUCUACUUAAAACACAUCCACACACAAAAGGAAUAAUUGCUGGAGUUAAAUCUGAUGCUAUUGCUGCAUACACGGUGAAGUAGCUUGACCACUGUGAAAACAAUGCAGGGUAUGCAUGUGCGUCAAUCGAAGGCACUUUUGUGGCUUAUGGAGGCCAUCACUAAAUUGAUGUUUAGCAGUAACUGAUUCAUUCAAGUGUUAUUAGUGGGCUUUAAUGGGGCUUAAACAGGAUGAGUCAUAUAUAGCUCUGUAAACAAGUUACUAAUAGUAAGUAAGUACUGCAUCUGAACUGUUAGCCUGGUUUAGCAAUUAUGUAGGGCCCGUAAGAACAAGUACUAUUACUUAAUUAGUGCUCAAAAUAUUCUUCACACAAUGAAUUAAGCUCAUUAUUAACGUAAAACAUUGUGUAAAAGAAUGCACAGCAUUACAAAACUGAGCCUAAAGGUAUUCAUUCUAAAAGCAGCAACUCAUGUGUGUUUCGAGUCAAGUAAAGCAAGAAGUGCACUUUUCAUGGUUGAUCAGCGAGUGCAGCUUGGGACGGCUCUUCGAGCUUCUUGUAUGGAGGCCGGUGGGUUGCCACAGGUGCUGUGCUUGGCACCUGUCUGGCACAGAACUCACGCAGUAAGACUUAUUUUAAUGCAGUGCAAAAAGUCGGUGACAGUUAUUUGGUGCACAUAUCGACUUCAACUGUAUUGACUGCAUGGACUCGGUGUAACUGAUACACAGGGGAAAGAGUCAGCAGCAUUGAAAGGCACUAUGUUCACAUGGUGUUAUGAAUCGAGUUACUAGACUAAAAUGAUGCACAAGGCAAUGUGCGACUUAAUUGCGGCUAAAGUUGCUGCCAAUACUGUAUAGACUCGUAUAAGGGUCGCACCCCCAACUUGGCAGCCCAAAAUUUGCAACACGAAAAUAUUAAUUGGAAAAAUUAUUGCGUUUGUGCCCCGAUGGCUAAUGCAAUAGUACACUUGGGGUGGGAAGUCACCAUUUUGUCCAAAAGGUUCGGCCCCGUGUAAGAAUCACACCUUUUCAAAAUUGUGAAAGAAGAGUGCGGCCUUUGCAUACGUCUAUACAGUAAGUGUUAGAAACGGGAACACCACAUGUGGUUUUUAUUUUGACACGUGGUUGAUUAUAGCCACAUUUCUCUUUUGUUUGUUUAAGUGCUGCAUUUAUUGCAUCCUAUUGUCACUGUCCUUGCCUGAGGCAGAGUGGAAGUACUCCUUGAAGAAGCACCUUGGCAUUUGCAACUGGCUGCCAUCCCACAUGAUCCCAUUCUAGAGGUUGCUUGAGCAUGUGUUCUGUCAUGCAGCCACUGAGUAGCAAUGUAAAGAACAUUGAGAAUGUGCUGUAACAUGGCAGUUACAUCACAUUGCACAGUCAUCACUUGAUUUGCAAGUCAAGCAUAAGCCUGUGAAUUAUUCUGUUUAGCUUGUUCUCUGCCUGAAAAACAAAGCAAAGUAACUGCCCAUCAGGAACGUCUUUUGUGUUUUUCUUUCACAGAUAUAGGGCUUGUCACUAAUGAUUUCUACAUGAUAUCCCAUCAGCGCAUCAAUUGUACAUGCUACACAGAUCUGAGAGGAAGGCACCUAAAUUUGAUGCGAAUUCAGCCUUUUCAGCCUUUGCUGUGGUGACUGCAGCAGGAAAGCGCACCAUUGCUGUCAUUCAGGUGUCUGCACACAGAUGUGGGCUCAUUUAGGACUAACAGAAACCGGUAUUCCAGAUGCACUGAAUAGGCUUGUGACACUGGCUGAAAUGCUACUGAGCGUGAUUUUUUCGACAUAAGCUUGCUUGUUUGAUGCCAAGGGAGUUUUGUAAGCACUAUUGAAAUGAAAUAUGCACUCACCAUGUAAACAUAUUAAAAUACAGAUUUUGACAUUUCACGGCCCAUAUAUGUGUUCCAUGUCAAAGAGCUCCAGAAGAAGGACUUGCGGAUAAAUCAACAAAAACCUUUGCCAAUGAGUGCGUAACAGAGUUUUCAAGGCCUGAAAAGAAAUAUAUGCUUUUGAUGGAGCAAAGAGGGCACUUGCUGUCUUCUGGUUUUUCCAAGUAUAUUGCUGCGCACGAUAAAAACCAUGUUAAGUAAGCCUGAACAAUUUGUGCAACUUCUAUUAGAUAUGUUUUUUUUUUGUCUUUGUAUAUUAUAACAUAGGCAGGUGACUGCUUCUUCACAAAACCCACUAUGAGGUCAGCAGCACGUGCCUGCAUUGCUGCCAGGAGUUGAAACGAGAUGCUGCCAUUCCUGCUGACGUGCACACGGUGUGGUGCAUUCAAGCAUGCAAUGGCUGCACGAGCCAGCAGCUAGCAUUUCCUGCACGUUUUCACCUGAUGAAACGGGGGCAUUGUCAGAGUGCUAAAUGGUAGCAUGAAAUUACUCUUUGAUGCAGCCACUGUCUUUGCCUCAAAGUAUGUGUGCCACCAUACGAACCUUAUAAAGGCUUCCGGUUCAUUGCAUGCCUGUUUCAUGCAGAAUAAAUGAGUUUGCAUCCUGUGCACUAGGGACAUACAAAAUGUAUAGAAAUUGUGGGAACAAAAUGGUGGCACCAUUUAUUAUUCAUAAUUAUGACAGCUCAAGAUACGAUGACAUAGGGGAGGUAUUAAACAAUAAUUGUUUAGACAAAGCACAGUGCACACUAUGUUUUGAUGUCACAGCAAGCGUUGAUGCUAGUGUUCCAUACCUGCAAAUUCCAAAAGUAUCUGGCAUCACCACAGAUAGCACACGCUUAUGAUUUAUUCUGUACAAAACAGGCAGGCAUUCAAACACGCAAUUAAAUAGCAUCAACUGUGAAAUUCCACCUGGAUGUGAAAUUUGAGUGCAAACAAGCCAGCGAUUAUUCGGAUGAGUUGUGCUUCUGUAUAUACACCAUUUUGUAGAAAACAUAAGCAGCAUGACAAUGGUUCAACUGUUUCCUCCAGUCAAGGUUUCGAGUGCAGCUUGGCGAGACUGCAUCCUCGGUCGGCAAGCUGAUGGCCCGCCAUAAUGUGCCACGUACAUGGAACAGCCAUAUGUCAGUGCUAGGCAAACAAGGCUUCUCGAAGGCGAGGUCCAAAAGUGCAGUGGAUUUUGCUUGUGUUUUGUUACUUGAAGCAUCCAUAGUAUAAUAUUCGGUAAUCGGGCUGCAUAGAGAUACCUGCUUGCUACAUUUGAUCUUGUCUGUUGCAUUGCUUGCUUAGCAGAUAUAUAGCAGUUUUAGAAAGUAGCAGAUUUUGAUUGUUGUUAAGUAGGCGUUGUGCAACAAACAUGAGAACACUGGGUCUCAUUGCAUUCGUCUACACGCACAAAAAGUUAAGAACAGCCUCAUUGAAGCUGGGCAAAUGUCAUAAUGCCACAAGCAUAAAAACAGGGUAAUAGCACGAGGGCCUCAUCACUGAUAUAUAUAUAUAUACAUUAUUUCAUAAUGCAUCUACUACUUCUUGCAGAUUGUGCAACUCAUUGCCAUGUCCAGGUCUUUUGUGUUGAAUUUCUGGCGCUUACGGCAGUGCAUCAUUUUGUCCUUUUUUCCUUAGUCAUCUUUAGCGAUUCAGUCAAAUCUAUCUCUGUAUUUCACGGGCUCCACACAGGGUUAGCUCAGACUGCACAUUAACCUUAUUAUAAGGAGGAAGGAAAGAGGAGGGACAUAUUUACAAUGAUUAUGUACAAGGUCAUGCCACAACACAUGGUGUAGUGAAUGCGUGCUCGAUACUGCUUUGUCAUCUUCGUUUGGUCACAGAGCUCAGCAUCUUUGUCAUUGCUGAACUGACUUUUCCAUUCUGUUUCACCUCUUACUCUCACCUGCACGUACACUUAUACCAUGAAACUAUUUGGUCACUCACAAAGUGUGCCUGCCACCUGUAGGGAUGCUGAGAAGGUUUUUUAACAUGGAUUGAUGAAGUACCACUUUCAGAACUUGAGUUUUAGCGUGAGCACACUUUUGGUUAGCUAGAAAGAAAAUGCAUAAACAAAAGAUGGGCUUGAUGUUACUGUGCCAGAGCCUCAUCGUGUCAUAAGAUUUGGUCAGUGUCUCUUUGGGACUAGUUAAUAGUUUAUUGAGAAACAAGGAACACAUUGCAUUCUAAAAGAACCAAAGACCUAACUGAGUGAGUUUUGAGAACAUUUAUUUAACAUAAGAAGGCCAGAACAUAACACAAAAAUACUUUCAGAUUCAUGAUGUCAUACUUAAGUACGAGAACUGUUGUCUGUCUGGGCACAAAAUUAAGUAAAUUGAAACUUUGAUUUUAUUUUUUCCACUAAUAAGGAGUCUUUUGCUACUUAAAAGAUGUAUUUGAAAACUAUUUCAUCAAACUAAACUAAGUGUUGCUCCUUGGUGUCUUUUAAUUGCAAUUUUCAAAUUUGAAAUCUUGUAAGAGUGACCUUGCCUUCUGAAGCACUGAGAUCCAAAUCAAUUCCUUCUGCAUUAGCUCUCAGUACACUUGUGAACAUGAAAAGGCCAAACAUUGUUGAGCCUUGCUGGCACUUUUUUAACAUGUUGCUGCCUUUAGAGCCGCCAGAUUCCCAGCAAGAGAAUGCAUUGUAUUCUGUAGACGUGGGGUGAUGUGUGGUGUGUUUUGAGGUGAGACCGCUUACAGUUUGUUACACCACUGAGCAUUGUGCAGGCUGUUUUUAGGGGCUGCUGUUUUUGCAAUUGUUUCUACUGCGAUGUAACAAUUUUCACUGUGCCUGUGUCUUCCAUGUAGAAAUUAAUGUUGUGCGGGCGAGCUUUUAAAAGAGCCUCACUCAGCUGAGGUGGUGUCACCUGGGGGUAAAGAAGCUUUGGAGAUUCCCCGAAACAUGUUAUUUUGUGGUAUGGAGUAGUGCAGUCAACACAAUGUGUCAUCGCAAUUGUUGCUAUUUUCAUCUCCUGCACCAAACUUGAAAUUUCCGUGGGUUGCAAUUCCUGUAUUUGCAAUGAUAUGGCUAAGGGUGACACAUUUAUUGCCCCCACAGCCAUUUGGCCCUCUUCUGAAAAUCGGAGGGUGGUCACUGCUGUCCCACUUAAUCAUAGGUAUGUUGCAAAUUUGACAUCUUUUGCAGGCUUUACAGUAUUUAAUGUAAAUAUGUGCACAUCUCGACAGGCUGAACAGUAAUGUUCAGCUUUGGCACUAAUAGUUUUGUUCACUUGAAGAUGCACUUCUUUUAAGUGGCUCUCCAGCUACUGAAAACUAAAUCGCCGAUUUGUGUGUCCAUGCUUGUAUGACAGUGUCUGUUCUCAUGCUCCUAGCCAAGGUGAAGCACUGGCAUAAGCAAUGCAGAUGCACAUCGUACAGGUUAACGACUUCAUUGAACGUGCCUGUUCUCCCGAGUUGUGGGCACAGCUAAGUGUUUGUGAAGUGGAACUGUGGUGCACCUGUCUGGCUUUGCAGCUUGGCGAUCAGUACACUCUGCUAGCUAAUGCCAUUGCUCAUUCUUAAUGCACCGCACCUGUUUGUAUUGCAAAAGUAGAAAUUAGGUCUUGGUCAUCACAGUCCACAUUGUUUUGCUCACUUCUCGUCACCUGUGACAGUGAUAGCAUACAAGCUUCUUCCACCCAUAACAGUGUUAGGUGUUUGGCACGAGGAGCACAUAAAAUUUUCAAGAUACAAAACUUGCGAUAAAGCCAGCUACCAUGUUCAGCAGACACCUGCAUGUGCAGGAGGCUUUCCAUGUACACUGCUGUCCACACUGCUCUGUAGAGGCGCAUGGAGCUGCUAGCAGCACCUGCCUGGUUGAUCACACGAACUGGGGGGUUGUUGGGUCUCACAUGUAAAACAGUGCGCCGACUUUGCUGUGAGCUUGGUUCUGUGCAUUCAUCUCCACCACCAUUAGAGUGCAACAUUCCGCUGUGUUGUUCUUCAACGAGUGUCACCACACUGCACCUGUGUUAUUUGUCUGCACCAGUGGCACAUGCGUACAUGCCCCCCCCCCUUGCCUGGCUCAGUGGCCAUGUCCUAAAUGGUGGCCAAAUGUGGACCUCAGAGCGUGCUUUGUCACAUUUGAGAAAUGAUCAGUUCUUUAAGCACUCCUAAGUGCUUUUACAAAAUAAUUUUGGCAUAUUGAAGCGAAAUCAUCUCACCUGUGAUUCACCAAAGUGUUGGUGAACAUGUCACUCAGCCCAAUUUCUUAUGCACUGAGCAUGGCUCUACUGAAGCAAACUCGUGUAUAUCUUAAUGGCACACAUGUUCUACCUGCCAUGUCCUGGGUGACCCAGUUGCAGCGUGCUUCUCGUUAAGCCAGCACAGCAUAGAUGCACUUCUCAAAGACGAACAGUUGCCAGUCCGGGUGCAUCAUGUAGCUUUCUUUGUAGCACAAUAAGCAGCCAUAUGCAUGAUAUUCAUUAUCAUGUUAUGUCAGCAAAAAAUUAGGUGAGAGCAAGCAACUUCCUUGCACCACUGACAAGACCAUCAUGGCUGUGUAAGUGCAUGUCAGGUAGUGUACGAGUGACUGGUUACCCAGUUUUACAGUGGCUUGAAUGGUCACUAGUAGCACUUUUUGCCACUAACGUCAUACAAGAAUAUUGCUCAUGCAAAGAGAACCUUAGCACUGAUUGAGUUUUUGUGUGUGGCAUUUCGUUGCAAGGUGCCACUAAGUGAGUGACACAAACAGAAACCAUUAAUUUAUAGGCACUAGCACCUAGAAUACAGAAAAUUUCUGACCGCUCUGAAAAUGGUGAAGUCAUUUGGUGUUUCACUUGUGUGGCUGGUGUUCUAGCUGCUGGUGAAAAAUGCCACUGUGGGGCCUGGUGGGGGUGGUACGAAGCGCCAGGUAGGGGCUGCUUGUACAUAUACAUACAUGUUGUAUACAUAUAGGUAGGUGGGUAGGAAUGCGCUUUCCUUUUCUCGUCGUGCUCUUCAGUAACCUACUCACGCAUAAAUAUAUACAAAUGUUCACAGGUGCGGUUUUGCUCAAAAUAGGGACUUUGGGGGAGAGGAGGCCGACACGUGACAUGUGAAUUAUUUUAGGCCAAUGGGAAGCCAUGGGGCAGUGUAAGGUGGCCACACCUUCCCUGCCUUCUGUUUUUUUAUUUUCCCAAGUGCUGCAUUUUCUUUUUUGCAUGUGUGUGCAUGUGAUUGUACAAAGUAAUACCACAAUGGGGUCACAAAAGCAGACAGAAGGAAGUUUGUGAAUUAAACAGCAAUGCAGGAGUUUUCGCUACUUUUACUGCGAGAGGAACAAAAGACAAGCUGUGAAUACUGAAUUUCGCCCUAUCUCAUUUUCUUGCUCGUUGAAUUCCCAUGUCACACAUCUGGUUUUUGAGAAGUUGUGGAAAAAAGUCAGUUUGUUGUGGACAAUGCUUAUUGUACGAAAAAGAAAAAAAUAACCAUGCAAGUGACAUUGUAAACACAGAUCUAUGCACUGUGUCUGUGUGUGUUGUUUCCAUCUCCGUGUGUGUUUCACCUGUGCACCAUGUGUCCAAGCGGGACUGUGCUUUUGUUGGUUUGUUUUCCUCUCUCCCCACAUGGGAGGAAAAGCAGUUCUGUAAAUAAAUAUUUUGUCAUGUAGGAUUCA